UCAGUCGAGCCUGGAAGUCGGACGGGAUCACAACGAAAAAUUAAAAGCGCGAGAAAAACAAUUGACUUGUUGCUAUCAGCAUUGGUGCAAUAUUUAAAUUAAAAAAAAAAAUACUUAUAAAGCGGAAACGUAAUAUGGCCAAGUGGCUCCUUGGCCUUUGGCUGGCGAUCCUGCUAGUGGACCGACCCGGGGCUAAAGCUUAUCGAUCAGGCAGUGGCUACCGGAGCGAGCAGUCGGAACCAGUGGGCUUAUCAGCAGCAGGGAACGCGUACUCGAGCUACGGAGGCGACCAACAACAGCCAAUUUACCAUCGGGAUUCGGCGUGCCCGCCGCAUUUUACGGGUCUGGUUGCAUAUCCCCACGACUGUCAUCGCUAUGUGAACUGCUUUAAUGGAAGCCCCACCAUUCAGACCUGUUCGCCCGGAACUCUGUUCAAUGACCGGACCCAGGUGUGCGAUCACCCUAGCAAUGUGGUUUGCUCUUCACCGGAGCCCGCAUCCACGCGACUGGGAAGACUGAGGCACUUGGAUAGUGAACCCAAGUGCCCGCCCGGAGUGAAUGGAUUGAAACCGCAUCCAACGGACUGCAGCAAGUUCCUUAACUGCGCCAAUGGUCAGGCUUUUGUUAUGGACUGCGCACCAGGAACUGCCUUUAGUACAGCAUCGCUGGUGUGUGUGCACAAGGAUCUGGCCAAAUGCGGAGCUGCAACUGCAACUGGAGCAGGAGUAGAUGAUAACUUUGGCCACGGCUACCCUGCGGUGCCUUCGGAGGACUUGGGCUGCCCACCCGGUACACGUGGGCUUCGUCCACAUCCUCACGACGUGCACAAGUAUUUGAGGUGCGGAAUUGGUGUUAGGCCUCAGGUGGAACAGUGUCCGCCGGGUCACAUCUUCGAUGGCUCCUCUUUGGUAUGUGUGUAUUCUGACUCCCCUCGGACCCCCUCUUCCUCCUUCGCGGCUGCUGAGAUUCAGGUUAACUACCUAAUGUGUCCAGUGGGAGCCGUUGGCCAAUUUGUUCACCCCUUUGACCAAACAAAGUUCCUUAGCUGUAAGGACGGUAAGGUGGCUGUGCAAAACUGCCUACCCAAUUAUGUGUUCAGCAUUUCGAGGCGCUACUGUCAGCUUAAGCAACAAUUAGCCUUUGCUGACUAUGUCACAUUGAUUGUCUCCCAAAUCACUUAUGAGUAUUCUCUCAUUCUCAAUGCCUGUCCUGGUAACAUCAACGGCAUCUACUUGUAUCCCUACGAUGCUGAAAAGUACGUUCAGUGCUCGACCAAUGGUAGGAUGUCCAUCCUAAGCUGUGGACCCCAGAUGGCGUUCAGUGUGUCCCAAAGAAGUUGUUAUCCCCGUGGUCAAGUGCACAGCUCUGAUCGAGUGCAGUUCUGGGAGGAAGUCCUAGUCCAGACAACUUAUACUUCCCCAGACAGUCGGGCCAAUGUUCAGGGCCAGCUGUCUUCGCUUAGGUCGUGCCCACCCAAUGUCCAGAAGAAUUACCCCUAUCCAUUCCAUGCUGGGCACUAUGUCAGGUGCCAGUAUGGAGCUUUAGAGAUCAUAUGCUGCCCCACUGGACAGCUUUACAGCCUCUCCCAGCGGCAAUGUGCGCCUCGUCGCCUCCUCGCUGCCCAUGAUUAUUUGGAUUACGCCUAUAUCAGUGCUGAACUUUCCACUGAAUUUAUGGUGGAUCGUUCGACGCUUACUUGUCCACCACAAGCCCAGGGACUCUACCUGCAUCCCUUUGAUUGCACCAAGUAUGUCAGGUGCUGGAAUCAGCAGACCUUCAUUGAGAGCUGUACACCGGGAGAGAUAUUUAGUUUCUCCAAUCAGAAAUGCGUACCCAAGGAACAGUGUAAAGGACCCAGCGAUCAUGUCGAAUAUUUAAUUGAAACUACGACUGUUACGACUUACCAGACAGAUGGUCCGGAGGCCGAAAAGAGCUCCGGGAAAACCGGUGACAUAUCCUGCCCACCUGGAGCCUCUGGCAAUCAUGCCCAUCCAUUUGAUUGCACGAAGUUCUUGCAAUGUGCAAAUGGGCAAACCUUUGUAAUGGACUGUGGUCCGGGCACAGCUUUCAGUACAGACAAAAAUAGUUGCGAUUACGCCAGUCAGGUGGACUGCACUGGAAGAAGUUCAGCGCCUGGACAAACCCCAUUUACACAGCAAAACAAAGGAACUACUUACCCAACGAAACCAUUGGAUACUUUCCCACCAACAGAGUCAUCGCACCCUUCUCACCCACCUCCAGAGCUCCCGGUAGAUAUAUUGUGUCCCCUCGAAGUGAACGGUCAAUUUGUUCAUCCCUUCGACCAAACAAAGUUCCUCCUUUGCCAGGCUGGUAAAUUGGCGGUUCAAAGCUGUCCGUCUGGAUAUGUGUUUAGCAUAUCCAAGAGUAAUUGCCAGCCCAAGUCCCAGUUGGCUUACAGCGACUAUGUGACGUAUAAAGUCUCUGUUAUCAGCAUCGAUCUGACUAUGAUACUGUCCUCCUGUCCGGGCGGCACCGACGGCCUACAUCCUUAUCCCUACGACGCCGGCAAAUAUGUACGCUGCUCUGAGGGCGGCAAGAUGACCAUUCAAAGUUGCGAAAGUCAAAUGGCCUUCAGCUUAUCCCAGCGAGCAUGCCGGCCAAGUCGUCUGGUGACAAGUGAAGAUCGCGUAAGGUUCCGGGAGGAAUUGCAGAUCCAGACACCGGAUAACAGUCAGGAUAUUCAGCUUCAUCAGGCGCCACUAAAAGAGUGUCCACCCGUGCUUCGUGGAAACUACCCCUAUCCCUUCCAUGCCGGUCACUUUGUGAAGUGCCAAGGUGGGCAUUUACAGAUUGCGAGUUGUCCGCCAACAGCUCUAUACAGUUUGUCCCAACGCCAGUGUGUAGGCCGACAGCUCCUCUCUCCCCAUGACUACCUGGACUAUGCCUACAUCAGUGUACAAAUCUCGAUCGACCCUAUUCAGGACCCCACAACGUUGUCCUGUCCUCCGCAAGCCCAGGGCUAUUACCUACAUCCUUUCGAUUGCACCAAAUAUAUAGUGUGCUGGGAUAGGCAAACUCGUGUAGAAAGUUGUAAGCAAGGUGAUGCAUUUAGCAUAUCCCAGCAAAAGUGUGUGGCUAGGGAUAAGAUUACCGAAGCCUAUGAUCGUGUCGAGUAUUUGGAAGAUACGCCGCAUGAGUUAAGUCACGAGGGGGAUGAGGAAGAGGAGCAGACAGAACAGGACUCCCUUAACGGAGGCCAUCAGCCACCUGGAAAGAGUCCCGCACCUUAUAGUUCAAGUGGCGGAUACCCGGCGCCUUCUCAAAACAAUGGAGGUUACCAACCACCCUACCAAGCUAGAGGAGGUUACCAACCACCCCAAGCUAAUGGAGGUUACCAACCACCCCAAGCUAAUGGAGGCUACCAACCACCCCAAGCUAAUGGAGGCUACCAGCCACCCCAAGCUAAUGGAGGCUACCAGCCACCCCACCAACCUAAUGGAGGCUACCAACCACCCUACCAAGCUAAUGGAGGCUACAGCCACCAACCCAAUCAAUCAGCAGUUCAAUCAAAUGGAGGAUACCAGCCACCUUUACCAGCCUAUGGAGGUUACCAACCACCUUCUCAACCGUUUGGAGGCUUCCAGCAGCCUAAUCGAACAUAUGAAGAUUACCACAACCCGUUGCCAACUAUUGGAGGUGUCCAGCCACCCUAUUCAGUUAAAGGAGGCUACCAGCCGCACAAUCAACUUAAUGGAGGUUACAAUCAACCCAAUCAAUCCUCAUAUGGUUACCAGCCACCUUCUCAAUUCAACAGAGGAUACCAGUCGUCUUUCGAACCAAAUGGAGGUUACCAUCCACCUUCGGAAACCAACACAGGAUACCAGACACCUUCUCAGUUAAAUGGAGGGUACCAACCACCUGAGCAAGGCAAUCGAGGCUACCAGCCACCUUCCCAGUUAAAUGGAGGCUACCAGCCACCUUCUCAGCCAAACGGAGGCUACCAGCCACCCUCUCAGCCAAACGGAGGCUAUCAGCCACCCGUGGACAGAGAUUGGGGUUACCAGCCACCAUCUCAAGAAAAUAGUGGAUAUCAGCCACCACACCAACCAACUGGUGGCUACCAGCCACCCCUCCAAUCAACAGGUUCUGGGCGUUAUCCCGGGCAAGUCCCGCCCAAUGCUAUUCCAACUCCUCUGCUGUGCCCAGAAAAGGUGAGCGGCCUCUUUCCAAAUCCCUUCGACGCUACAGGCUAUCUGACCUGCAUCGAUGGCCAUACGUUACCUAGACAAUGUCAGCCCCUCGAUAUGUUCAGUGUAUCCCAAAGCUACUGUUUGCCCGAGCAGCACGUACCCAAAACGGAUCGCGUGCCGUUUGAAAGACCGCAAACUUAUCAGGAUAAUUCUUUGGAAUGUCCCAGAGAUUUCGUUGGUUUCUUUGUGUAUCCGUUCGAUUGCUCAAAGUACCUGAGCUGUGGCCCGAGCGGAAUGAAAUUACUAAACUGCCCGGGUGAACAACACUACAGUAUCUCCCAUGGAUUCUGUAAGCCCGUUGACCAGGUGCAACGUGAGGAUCGUCUGUACACGAUCAAUGAACUGCACAUCAUUUUCGAUUGGACACAGAAAAUGAUGAUAGAUGGCGCAGUCACUGCCUGUCCCGAAGGAAUAACCGGAACCCUGCCACAUCCGCGGCUGCCCACCAAGUACCUACGGUGCGGACCUGGCCAGGCGGAGAUGCACGACUGUCCGAGCCAACAGAUAUUCAGCGUUUCUCGUAGAGUGUGCGUGCUGGAUGAUAAGCUGCCCAGCCACGAUCGCACCGACUAUUUGGUUCGGGGGGUUAAUUCCGGUUGGAUGGCUCCCUCUAAUGGCAAUCCCAUCCAAUCCAAGUCCUAUGAGACAUCUGGCAGAGAUCAGUUCGGCAAUCGAUAUACAACCAGAACUACCACCACAACGCGGGUAAUCGGAGACCGUUGGACCGAUAUGAACAUGCAGCGACCUUCAGGCGUAGGUGUGGAACAAAACCCGCAUAACCAUCACCACGGAUACAAUACGGAUUGGUCUGGCCAGCAGACAUCCUACGUCCAGCGCGGGCCUGCACAGAGUACUCUAUAUGUGGAGGGAUCGCUGGAGCCGAACCGUAAUUAUCCUACAUAUAAGACUCCAAUGGCCCCCAUGGCACCCACCAAUACAGAAGGUGUCCACUAUGGCCAACCCGAACAUGUGCCGUCGCGCCAGAACUAUAGUCGUAGAAUUGAUUAUGGCUCGCCUGGCAACGGAUGGAAACCCAUACCACCACAGCAACCAUUAGAUCUAGAUUAUUCUCCCCAUUCUCCUGGUGCCAAGGAACCCCAAGACAGUCUGCCCGGACAGAAACCCAUUGACUUGGACUAUGAUGAGGAACAGAAACCCCAAUAUCCUUACAACGGACUGCAGCCCUAUCCGGAUCCGGGAUCGCCACCACGCUUUUACCCAGAUCAGUUGCCCAGUGGCUCAAAGCCAGUUGCUAGACAGCAGCCAGUUGAGUCCAGCCCUGACUCCAGUGGUUUUCCAGACCAGCAAAAACCCCUGCCUUUUGACAAUAAGCCCCCAGGAUCAAGUGCUCCCCCCCGACAUAGCCCUAACCCUGGCUUUCCUUUGUAUAAUGACUCCAAUCUUUACGGCGGACUCUUGCCUCCCAAGCCAGAUGCCCCGGUUAACACAAAACCAUCGCCACCUCCGAACCCUUCAUCUUCCCAGGCUCCAACACCGCAAUUGGCUAACCGACUGCACACAUUUCCCAUUUAUCCACCUGUGGAUAAUAAGAUCCCUCUCCAAAAUCCCUUGCAACCCCACUAUAGUCCCUCUUAUGCAGGAAUCGCCCACUCUCAAAACGCCUCUUGGCCCAAAGUGUCUGUGACUAGCACAACUCCAGCUCAAGAUCCCGAUCCCUUCAAUCCUGAAUUGGAGGAACCGUUCUACGACGAUGACGACUUCACGACCACGACAGCCAGAAAUGUAUUGGUGCCUCCUCCCUUCGACCAUAAGUUCUAUAGUCCCCAGACGACCAUACCAAGUUUAAGUCAAGAUCGAUCUGCCUCAGUUCCCAACUCCCAAGCGGCUAUUAAAGAAGCCCUCAAGCUUAUGCUGCGUCCCUAUUUCAAUCACAGUGGUAAUGCCCAAGAGCAACUGGCCCAGCAGGCUGAAUCAGCCAUAGUGUCCAUGAUUAGUAAGCCGCCCAGCACCACACCAAGACCAACCAAAAGCACUUCCUCGACCAGUAAAACAGACCUUGACUUUGACGCCGAGCUGAUUAAGGCGGGUGAACAGGAAAGCCUGGACUCCGUUGACGACGACUAUGUUUUUCCAGAUGCCAGGGAGACGUCCCGAACCGAGCAGACCCUAGAUCCCAGUACCACGUACGCCUCGACAGACUUUCAACGGAGCACCCGCAGGGCUGAAUUAGAUCCGGACGCCUACCCAACCACAACUACAAUGAAAAGUAAUUGGCUUGCGCCCGGUCACAGUCGUGACUACCACCGGCGUCACCCAAAUUUACCCGAUCCGUUCUCCGAGCACCAUCCCAAUUCCUCUCCCCACCAACACCAACACCACCACCGUCACCCCCAUGCACACAGUGCUGACUACCAUCAUCGUCAUCCGGAGCUGCCCAACCCAUUUCCACAAAAGGAUGAAACUCCGCCACACCAGAAUCCAAAAGAAGACUACGCGCUGCUGUCCAAUCCCGAUGCUGAGGAAGUGACUCCCAAGUUAGCCACCCGUUCAGCCGUUGGCUUCGAUAGCCAAUGCGAUUUCGAUUGCGGCAAUGGCCAGUGCCUGGUGAAGGAGCAGGUUUGCGAUGGGCAGAAACACUGCCCAAAUGGCAAAGAUGAGGCGAACUGCCCGCCAUCGGACUACGAGGUGCGUUUGUCAGGGGGCGAGAGUCCAAACAUGGGCCGCAUCGAAGUCAAGGCUAAUGGUCAAUGGGGCUAUGUGUGCGAUGACAAGUUUGGCUUAAAGGAUGCAGAUGUCGUUUGCCGUGAACUUGGCUUCAAGAUGGGCGCCCAAGAAGUGCGUGGUAGCUCUUUUUAUGCGCCCCCAAACCAGGAUUUCAACUACUUGAUGGAUGAGGUCGAGUGCCAAGGCAAUGAAACCCAACUGAGCCAGUGCUCCUUCAAAGGUUGGGGCGUUCACAACUGCGGCGUUGAUGAAGUGGCGGGUGUGACCUGCAAGGUUCCGGUGAUGAAGUGUCCAAAUAACUACUGGCUGUGCCACACCUCCAAGGAAUGUAUUCCACCAGCCUUUGUGUGCGACAAUACCCCAGACUGUGCGGAUAAGUCGGAUGAGUGUGCCGCCGUCUGUCAGGCUCCCGUUCAGUACCGUUUAGAGGGAGGUCGCAAUUCAAACGAAGGCCGCCUGGAGGUGAAACACCAUGGCGUGUGGGGCAGUGUAUGUGAUGAUGACUUCAACAUCAAGUCUGCCCAAGUUGCCUGCAACUCAAUGGGCUUCUUUGGACCAGCGAAAAUAGAGAAGAACAUAUUUGGCAACGGCAACGGACCCAUUUGGCUCGAUCAGGUGAUGUGCUUUGGCAACGAGACCAGCAUUGACCAAUGUAACCACUGGAACUGGGGCGAGCACAAUUGCAAUCACACCGAAGACGUGGCGCUGCACUGCACCGCCGGGCCACCACCUCGCAGUCAGAAGCAUUCCCAGACUCAAAUUAAAGGCGGUAGAUCUCUAGGAGGGGAGAGCACGCCCAGAACCUAUUCACAAAUCGGGCUGUGGGAACGAUCGAGCAAGGCCGUACAUACACCUCGUCGAUGCGGAAUCUUCAAGGACGACCUGACCGAUGAGUACGCCCACCGAGAGGAGCGCGUGGUCAGAGGAAAUGUGGCACAGAGGGGUCGCCAUCCCUGGCAAGCUACCAUAAGGACCCGCGGACGUGGAGGCAUCUCCAGCCACUGGUGUGGAGCUGUGGUCAUUUCCAAGCGCCAUCUCCUCACCGCUGCUCACUGUCUGUACGGAAGUCCAAAGGGAGCAUACUUCGUUCGUGUCGGAGAUCACUAUGCCAACAUAGCCGAGUCCUCCGAGGAGGAUGCGUUCAUUGAGAACUGGUACAUACACGAGAACUUCCGCAAGGGAACACAUAUGAAUAACGAUAUUGCGCUGGUGGUGUUGAAGACUCCUCUGAAGUUCAGUGACUAUGUCCAGCCCAUUUGCCUGCCGGAUAAGAAUGCCGCGCUCGUCCCGGACCGCAAGUGCACCAUUUCCGGAUGGGGUUCUAUUAAAUCGGGAGUGUCCACUCCUGCGCUAGUUUUGGGAUCUGCCGAGCUACCCAUUUUGGGCGAUCACGUGUGCAAGCAAUCUAAUGUGUAUGGAUCAGCAAUGUCGGAAGGCAUGUUCUGUGCUGGCUCCAUGGACGAGAGUGUGGAUGCCUGUGAAGGUGACUCUGGCGGUCCACUGGUCUGCUCCGAUGACGAUGGCGAGACUUUGUACGGCCUUAUUUCGUGGGGUCAGCACUGCGGCUUCAGGAACAGGCCGGGUGUCUAUGUCCGUGUCAACCACUAUAUCGAUUGGAUCUACGAGAAGAUCAAUGAGAGCUUGCUGCGCUUUUAGGGAGCACAUGUCCUAACCUUGUUACAUGACUACUAUUUUAUAAGAAUCUCGUAGUGAAUUUGCAAAUAAAGCUGACUUUUUAGAAACAGCAA